AUGUUGAUGAAGUUUUAUUCUACGUUUUUCCUUUUUAUUCAAUUAUGCGAUGCUUACAAGGUUCUAGUUUUCAAUCCAGCAUUUGGUGCAAGUCAUUCUAAUUUUUUGGGAAAAAUUUCUGAUAUUUUAAUUGAUGCUGGAAAUGAUGUGGUGAGAAAAAAUUCAAAGUUUUUCUAAUAAAUUUUUCAAGUAUUCAGACAAUGCUAAUUCCAAUUCAGUUUGAUAGUAAAAAGUAUUUAGUUGGAUCGAAAAAGGUGAAAAACAUUAUUCGAAUCGAGCAAGAUCCAAGAUCUUUUGAACUAUUGCACACAAGUGGAGCUGAAAAAAUGAUGCUACAACAAGUUUGGACAAUGAGUACAAAUCCAUUGGAAAUGCUUCCUAUGAUGCAAAAAAUGACAACUGCUUCCGCUUAUCAAUGUGAAUUUAUGAUGAAAAAAACUGAUAUGGUUUCAAAAUUACGAGAAGAACAAUUCGAUUUAGCAAUGGGAGAAUCAAUUUCUAUUUGUGGAUUUGGUAAAAUUAAUUCAAUAAUCUUACGAGAUUUACAACAUUUUUCAGAACUAUUCGAAAGAAUUGGCGUCAAAAGUGUUAUAAAUGUAGACUCUGUUUUAUUUUUGGAUCAAAUGAAAUAUAUGUUAGGAGAACCAUCUUCAAGUAGUUAUUUUCCUGGUUUAUUUGGAUCAAAUACAGAUGAAAUGACAUUGAAACAAAGGAUGGAAAAUUUAGCUGGAAAACUUUUCUCAUAUUAUUUUGUUCAAUCUCGAUAUUCUAAAGAACUGGCAAUACUCAAUAUAUCCCGAAGUUAUGAAUCUUAUUUUGAUAAAACUGCUUUCAACUUCAUCAACUCAAAUCCAUAUUUAGAUUAUCCUAGUCCAAAAUUGCCAAAGACUGUUUUUGUUGGUGGAAUGCAAGUUAAUACUGAUAGAAAACAAGUCAAAUUAUCAGAGGUUGAUUAGUUCUUUGUAAUCACAUGUUAAUAGUUUUCUCUUCCAGGAGUGGAAUGAUGUUUUGAAUGCAAGAAACACAACAGUGCUUGUGUCAUUCGGUUCAAUAGCACUGUCCUGUGAUAUGCCACAGAAAUACAAAGAAUCGUUGAUUAGAGUUUUUGAAUCAAUGCCCGAAACAACAUUUAUUUGGAAAUAUGAAAUUGAAAAUGCAACAUUAGUUGAUCAUCUUCCAAAUGUUAAAUUAACUACUUGGAUGCCACAAAAUGAUUUACUUGCUGAUGAACGAUUGACACUUUUUGUAACUCAUGGUGGAUUAGGAAGUUCAAUUGAAUUAGCAUAUCAGGGUAAACCAGCUAUUGUGAUUCCAAUAAUGGGAGAUCAAACAAGAAAUUCAAAUAUGUUGAAAAGACAUGGUGGUGUAAUUGAUCUACAGAAAGAACAAUUCUCACAGCCUGAAGUCAUCCGUGAAGCAAUUUUAACAAUUCUAAAUGAUCCGAUGUAAUUUUUUUCUUACUCAUUUCAAAAACAAAAAUAAUUUUUUACAGAUACAGUCAGAAUGCGAAAAAACUUGCGCGAAUUCUCCAAACACAACCAAAUCAACCGAAGGAUACUGUAUUGAAACAUUGUGAUUUUGCAGUUAAAUUUGGAUCACUGGACACUUUGAACUCAAAAGGAAGAUUACUCAAUUUUGUUCAGUUUUACAGUAUUGAUAUAGUUCUUAUUUUGAUUAUUAUCCUACUUUUAAUACUGGUAACAAUUUUCUUGAUCUUGAAAAGUUUUUUGAGAAUUUUGAGAAAAUUGUUUACUCGAAAAAGUAAGAAAGACUAGAUAAUUUCACAAAAAAUGUCAAAAAUUGAGAUGAUUAGAAAGCAAUCAUUACGCAACGUGCAUAGUUUAUCAUAUGAGUUGUAGAUAACGAUUUUUUAGUAAAUGAAAAUGAUGAAGUUUAUUUUGUUCUUUCUAGUUUGCAUCGCACUUUGCGAUUCUUACAAGGUUCUAGUUUUCAAUCCAGCAUUUGGUGCAAGUCAUUCUAAUUUUUUGGGAAAAAUUUCUGAUAUUUUAAUUGAUGCUGGAAAUGAUGUGGUAAGUUUCAAAAAUUUCUAUAAUUACUGAAACAUUAAAUGUUUUAAGACAAUGGUUAUUCCAACCUACAUGGAUUCAAAGAAAGGAUAUGUUGGCUCGAAAAAAGUUGAAAAAAUUAUCAGAAUUGGGCAAGAUCCUAGAGCGCUACAAAUGAUGAGAGAAGGAGGAGCAGAAGAGAUUAUGAAAAAACAAAUUUGGAAACUAGGAUCGGAUAUGAUGAUGUUUUUACCGAUGAUUAAAAACUUUACGAUUUGUUCUGGUUAUCAAUGUGAAUAUAUUAUGGCACAAACUGAAAUUAUUGAAAAUCUCAAAAACCAACACUUUGAUCUGGCAAUUAUAGAAUCAUUAUACAUUUGUGGGUUUGGUGAGUUCAAUAGUUUUAUUUUCGCAUACCUUUUCUGAAUUAUUUGCAGCGUUUCUUGAAAAAAUUGGUGUUAAAAAUGUGAUAAAUGCAGAAUCAAUUCUAUAUCAAGAUACAUUGAAAUAUGUUUUGGGUGAACCUGCUUCAACCAGUUAUUAUCCAGGUUUAUUCUCACCGCAAACAGAUAAUAUGGGAAUUGUUGAUAGAAUGAAAAACACAGCUGGUUUGAUGUUUUCAUAUUAUUUCACUAUUGCAAGAUAUAAUGCUGAAUUGGAGGCUAUAAAUUCCACAAGAACAUGGUUUUAUUAUUUAGACAAUAUUGCAUUUAACAUGGUUAAUUCUAAUCCAUAUUUGGAUUAUCCCAGUCCAGUUUUACCAAAAACUGUAUUUAUUGGUGGAAUGCAAGUGAACACCGAUAGAAAACAAACCAAACUUUCGAAGGUGAGAAAUACUUAUACAUGAAUGAAUAACAGAAUGAUCCCACAGAAAAGUGAUUUUUUAAAGAAAAAAUCCGUUAGGAUUUUCAACAAAGUCUUUUAAAAAUUAUGAACUAGACAAUAGUAGAAAAUAAAUCAUAAUUGAUAAAUGUCUUUCAACUUAUUUUUGUAGGAAUGGGACGACGUUCUUAAUUUGAGAAAAACAACAGUUCUUGUGUCUUUUGGCUCAAAUGCCUAUUCAUCAGAUAUGCCAGAUGAAUUUAAAGCAGCAUUCAUCAAAGUUUUCGAAUCGAUGCCCGAAACAACAUUUAUUUGGAAAUAUGAAAUUGAAAAUGCAACAUUAGUUGAUCACCUUCCAAAUGUGAAAUUAACAACUUGGAUGCCACAAAAUGAUCUACUUGCUGAUGAAAGAUUAACACUUUUUGUAACUCAUGGUGGAUUAGGAAGUUCUGUCGAAUUGGCUUAUCAGGGAAAACCAUCUGUUGUUAUUCCAUUGAUGGCUGAUCAACCAAGAAAUGCACAUAUGUUAACGAGACAUGGAGGAGCAGUUCAAUUAGAUAAACAACAGUUAUCUGAUUCUGAAGCUAUAAGAAAAGCUAUUACUACAGUAUUAAAUAAUCCAAAGUAUAUUUAUUAUCAUUAUAAUAAUCUAUAAUUAAGGUAUUUCUUUUAUUUCAGAAUUUCGGAAAACGCAAAGCGACUUUCAACAAUUCUUCAGUCUCAACCAAACAAACCAAAAGAAGUUGUUUUGAAACAUUGUAAUUUUGCUGUGGAAUUUGGACCUCUCGAAACUUUGAACUCAAAAGGAAGAUUACUAAACUUUUUCCAAUUUCAUAGCAUCGAUAUAAUUGCUAUUCUAAUUUUCGCGGUUCUUGUCAUAUUUUUCAUUCUUCAUCUUAUCAUCAAAUUGAUCUACCGGCUAUUCAAAAAACUAUUUUCUACAAAGACCAAAACUGACUAA